AUGCAGAGGAAAUGCUGAUGCUCAGUGCAGACCCCCCCAGAGGUGGUUGAAGUCUCCGCAAUCAGAAGAAUGGCUCUCAUCACAGAGACUCAGGACUUCCAGACGGCGAGCCUCAGCCCCCCAAGGAGGGCGUAGAUUGUGAGGAAGGGCAGAGACUGAGAAAAGCCCCAGGGUGUUGAUACAAUCACCCAAACCAUGUAGUGCUCCUUUCUCCGUGGAGGGGGGAGAGUCUGCGUUCCAGUCUGUGAAGCAGAUCCGUGCUCGCUGGGUUGGAGGGUGUAUGAGGGUUUGGGGGGGAGUAGCGUGAGCUGAGAGACCGCUGCAGAAAGAGAGAAGGAGCGUUUGGAGGCAGACAUGGUUCUCUACAGCACCCCCUACUCCAGCACCUGCCUGCACUUCCUGGACGGUCUGUCCUGGAGCCUGGUGUUCCCCUGCUACUGGCUGCUGGACCGCCUGCUGGCGUCCUGCGUGCCCACCUCCCUGGAGAAACGCCAGCGCUCCCAGGACCCCUGCUCCUUCCUCACCCUCUGUGUCCUGAUCUCUGUGCCCCUUUACCUGCUGCUGUUCCUCGCCUCCCUGCCCUUCGCCCUGCUGGGCUUCAUCAUCUGGGCCCCCCUGCAGGCGGUCCGCCAACCAUACCUGUACACCUACCGCAGACCAGACAAGUCUGAGCAAUGCCAGGCUGGACCAGGGGGGGCAGGGACUGGAGAAUGGAGACCCCAGGGCCGAAGCUUCUGCUUCUGCAGUGCCAACGUGUGCCUCCUACCCGACUCCCUGGCCCGAUUCAACAACCUGUCGAACACCCACAGGAGAGCCCUGGAGGUGGGGAAGAGGAUCCGUAACGGUGCCAGUCGACCCCAGAUCAAAAUCUACAUCGAUUCACCAACCAACACUUCCAUCAGUGCUGCAUCCUUCAGCAGUCUUGCCACAGGUUUUCGGCGCACCUCGUCACUGGACCAGCGUCCAGACCAAACACACACCACCAACGGCCCAGCUGAAACGGAAGUGGAACCCAUGACAGAGUGUCCGGUCCACCCCCCAGGAGUCACAGACUGUCCCGCACACCCGUCCUCAGGAGUCCAGGGCUCUGGUGAAUGCCCCGUUCACCACGAUGACGCCCCAGCGGACUGCCCCCUCCACUCAACCAACAACAGCUCAGACUGUCCCGUUCACACCUCAGGUGAGGCUGCAGACUGCCCCAUGCACUCCUCCGGGGCUCAACACGACUGCCACAUGCGUGAGGAAGAGAAGCAGCACAGAGCCUCCGUAGACUGCCCUCUUCACACUUCAGGGGUUCAGAUCAGCAUCAGCGCUCCAGAGCCAGACCCCCAGGAGGAGGACACAGCGGAGACCGGGAAUCACCGGGAGGCAGGGGGGGACACGGGCAGCAUGACUGCCUCUCGGGAGUCCCUGGCUCGAUACCACGCUUGUGACGGGGGCAUCGGGAUAUCCUCCAAUAACACGCUCUCUCAUGUCCCGCGCACGUCAAUCUUCAAGCGUCCAGGACGGAAACGCCGCCACGGAGAUGAGACAUUCGACCAUGAGGUCUCUGCCUUCUUUCCCGCCAACCUGGAUUUCAUGGCGCUCCAGGAAGUCUUUGAUCACGGAGCAACGUCCAGGUUGCGUCGGCAGUUGCACAGAUACUUCCCGUACGUGCUGAGCGACGUGGGGAGGUACGGCUGGAGGGGCUGUUGCUCCAGGUUCAAGUUCUUGAACAGUGGACUUUUGCUGGCCAGUCGCUACCCCAUCCUGGACGCCCGGUUUGAGUGCUACCCCAAUGGGAGGGGUGAAGAUGCUCUGGCCGCCAAAGGAGCGCUGUUUGCUAAGGUCCACGUGGGCACUUCUCAUCAGGAGCAGAGGGUUGUGGGAUACAUCACGUGCACACACCUCCACGCCAUAGAAGGCGAUGCUGCAGUCCGCUGUGAGCAGCUAGACCUCCUGCUCCAGUGGGGGGCGGAGUUUCGCCAGUCCUCCUGUCAGUCACCUGAGGGGGAGAAGGUUCUGGAAGACCUGGUGGCCUUUGAUGUCAUCUUAGGAGACCUGAACUUCGACAACUGCUCUUCAGAGGACAAGCUGGAGCAGCAGCACGCUCUCUUCACGCAGUACAAGGACCCAUGCCGCCUCGGGCCAGGAGAGGACAAACCCUGGGCUCUGGGUACCCUGCUGGACCCCAGCGGCCUUUAUGACGAAGACGCCAGCUCACCUGAAAGUUUACAAAAAGUGAUGGAGAAUGAAGACGGCAGGAAGGAGUAUCUGGUGUUUCCUCCCAGUAAGAACCAGUGUCCUGGCGGCAGUCAGAAGGGCAGGAAGAUCCCGCUGAAGGGAAACGGACGCAGGAUCGACUACAUCCUGUACAGCGACGAGGGCCUUCAGCCGGACUGGAAGCUGGACAUCGAGGAGUUCAGCUUCGUCACCCAGCUGGCCGGCCUCACCGACCACCUGUCUGUGGCCGCGCGGCUGGCUGUUUCCACGGGGGAGGAGGAGCCUUAGACUGAACCUUUCCUCCUGAACACUGCCAUGGUGGACACCCGGAGUGGGGGGGGACGGAGCUGGAGAUCAGAGGAGGAGAGGAGAAGAAAGAGACUUCUGUCCUGAAUCACAAACAUCAAAUCCAGCAGCCGAGGAAGCUCGGGGCCGCCCCGCCCCUCACUCCGCCCCCCAUCCAGAGGCUUCUUUUAGUGUGUCAUGUAGCCAAUGCUCUUCUUAUAAGAUCUGUUUUAGUUGUAGUGUUUUCAUGAUUUUUUAAGGAUUCUUCUUCAGGGACAGUUUGUUGUCUUCUGACCGCCUUCACACCGACCAUCUCCGUCUCCUGCUCCGUUCAGGAAGGCUGCUGGUCGUGCCCCGCCCCCCUCGUCGACACCUCAGUCCCAGGAACCUCAACAAGUGUCUUUCUUUUCUACAACAAAAACCUUUCUUAGAGGAGGAAAAGAAAACCGUUUCUAUUUAAGCCACGCCUCUUUUUAUCGAGAUUUAAAGGCCAGUUUGAAGCUGAAUGUUUGUUAAUCACAGCUGCAUGAUCCGUCAGCCAUAACUGAAAAAGUGGAGCAGAUGCAUGAUGGGAAAUGGUUUGUUUGCAUGAGCGCCCCCUACCUUCAUGAACCCCAGUGUGCACAGAGACACUGCAGCACUUUGUCGUGUCGGAGGUCUGUGGGGGUGAAAAAGAUCAACGAACUGCUGCGAGGGAGCCCGCCUGAGGCCCAGGUUCUGGUUUAGGGACAUGUGGAGGUGCCAAAGUGGGACAGAAUCUGAGGAGCAGCGAAUCAAGAACAUACCCCCCCACCACCACCACAAACACAGGAAAGGAACCCCACCUUGGCUUCAGGGAGAUUUAUAACUGCCCUAUUUGAGGGCAGAUCAGACGAGAAGAAAGAAAACCACGGCUGGACGCCUGCAUGAGGACAACAUCUGGACCUGCUGCACUCACCUAGAUUCUGCUGUUUAAAUCCCACAGCAAGAGAAGGGACCGUUCAUCGUCCUGAAGGACAAACUCUACUUCUGAGACCAGGUCCCAGCAGGACGUUUGGCCUGAAACUCAGUGAUCGCUUGAAUUUCUAAUUGAAGCUGCAGAAGGAGUUUUGCUGAACCAACCAAACGUUCUUUACUUUUCCUUAAUUUUCUAUUAUUUUCUUCCAGAAACACUGAUGUUUUGCUUUGAACUGAGUAAUAAGUCUCAUGAGGCGGAGCGUCGGGAUUCCUGAUGUCUGUGAACGCACCAUAAGAAACCACAGAAUGAACAGACACAUUUUUUACUUAUAGCUUUUUUUUCAAUUAUGAACUAGUUAUUUUAUAUUUGUAGAAAUUAGAUUUUUUGGUGUUUUUUGGUUCAUAAAGCCCUGAAAGAACUGAUACGGGUCCGUUUGACCCGAGACAGCUUUAUGGUUAAGGACGAGAAAAGAGAACACGUUUAAAGGAUUUUCCUAACUCUUUGGAGGUGCAUCCCCUUGAUAGCAUCACUAUCCAAAAGUCAGACGGGGACUCUCCGCUGAGGGGAAAGUUCUGGAAAACGGUCCAGCGAGGAGAAACCACUCCGCUUGAAUCAAACACUAACAAUGAUGGAUACAUGCCAAGAACAAGUCCACCCGUGUCUCUGUCACUCAUGUAUUAUAUAUUCUGCUUAUGAAUACGUUUUAUAUCUUUGCUUCACUGCAUCUUUUUUUUUCACAAUUCAAACAUGUCUGAAGUCACAAUUUCUGCAGGCUUGUCUUCUUCAGGACCUACAUUUGAACUUGUUUGGGCGUUUCUCUUUUCCAUCAGUCAAUCCUAGAGCUUUAGCUGUCAAAAAGAGAUUCAUUGAUGAGGGAGGGGGCGUUUCUGAAACCAGAGUGGUCGACGUUAAGGAGGUUCAGUAUCAGGAAAAGCUGCUAAUCACAGAAAUUGAACAGGAAAGACUGGAAUGGGGGUUCCUUACCUAUUGACUGUAUAAGAGAGCUGGACUGACUGAGUGUGACAUCACUCAUUGAAAAUAGUUAUUUCUGGUUCCAACCAAAUGAAGUCAUUUCUGUCUCCAUUUUUUCACAAAACAAACGCCGCCAUGUUGGAACCAGGCGACGGACGUCAGUGGGUGAUUGAUCCGAGUCAAUCUGAGUCGACAUCCAAUCGAGAGUGAGCUUGUUGGAGGGCCACACCCCUACCACUUGAAAGCGUGCUCAAAAGAGGAGAUGUUUCAAACAUUCAAUCCAGUGAGGCUUCUGAUUGGUCCGUUUAUAACUUAAAUAUCAUGAGAAAAACAAUGAUUAUCAAAAACAUGUUUGAAAGAAGUCAUCAGAGCAAAUAGACAAAUAGAAUGAUGGAGUAAUAUCUGUUUAUUUCUCUAUAGAAGUCUAUGGUUUGAACUUCCUGUUUGAAGCACCAGGGGGAGGAGUCACUCAGUCCAGUUCUCAUAUACAGUCAAUGGUCUCGCCCAAAUGUGGGGUCAUGGUGCCAGAUGAGAAUAUGUGUUACCUGGGCAAAGAUCCCAAAUAAUUAUUGAACAUGGAAGACAGAAAUGAAACCAGAAAUGAAAUUUGUAUGAACCGAGUCUCAUCUCUGUGGUGUGCCAUCUUUUUAUAUGGGAGUUUGAACAUCACAGCUCCACCUUCUGCACCAGAAAUCUGCGUGCUCUGCUUCUGCAUGGAGGUUUGUCUUUGGAAUGGACUAGUGUCGCUGCCUGUACAAAAAUAUGAUGUGAGUUUAAAGCCUUUCAGAGUUUCUUAGACACAGAUGGAAGGUUUUUCUUUUAGUUCCUUUAUUCUUGAGACUUCUCUUUUCUUGUCUUUUGCCAAAGCCUUCAAAACAAAUCAGGUCCCUGAAGAGCAGAAACCUGCAGACAGUCCAUUCCAUGUGGAAUGAGUGUGAUCGCUUCCAGAAUCUGCAUGGAUUCACCACAGAAAAGUCCACCGAGGGCACUCGCACAGAAACAAAAGUUUGUUGAGUAGCUUGGCCUUUCCACAUUUGUCACAGACCUUGAACAUUUUUACAAACUUCUUACAAAUAAAAGCCAAAACAGAAAACCUGACUGUUCCAGAAAUGCUUCAGGUAGACUUCACUUCAUUUGAAACAAACUACCAACAUGAACAUGAGCACCGACACAAACAUGAGCAUCAAGAUGAACACAGAGAUGGGCAUUAACACAACCUUAACCCUUUAAUAAUGGAAAUUUGGGUCGGCAACCACAGGAAAUACUGUAACUCUUCAACUGUUUACCCAGUUCACAAGAUUCUAGAGGAUUCUGGAGCAGAGAAAGGCUGCAUUUCUACACCUCAGAAUCCGUUGGGUUACAUUACUUGUAUCAAUGGUUCAAGAGUUACAUACCUCAAGGAACGUCAACAGGGAUGCUAACGCUCUGGUGUUGGAAGAUUAAACAUGAGUGUGAACAUGAAAAUAAGUGUGAACGUAAAUACGAAUGCACAAACCUGAGAAUGAACAUAAACAUUCAUGUGAAUGUGAACAUGUGGACAAACGUGAACAUUAGCGUGAACGGGGGCAUUAGUGCUAACAUGAACAUCAGAGUGAAUGUCAAGAAGAACUGAACAUCAGCGUAUGCGUGAACAUUGGCGUGAACGUAAACAUUAGCCUGAACGGGAGCAUUAGCGUGAGUGUCGAUGUGAAAUUGAAAAUAAACGUGAACCUCAGCGUGAACGUAAACAUUAGCGUGAGCCCAAACAUUAGCGUAAGUGUCGAUGUGAACUUGAAAAAAAAACACGAACCUCAGCGUAAGCAUGAACAUCAGCGUGAACGUAAACGUUAGCGUGACCGCAAACAUAAGCAUGAGUGUUGACAUGAACUUGAAAAUUAACGUGAACCUCAGCGUGAACGUAAACAUUAGCGUGAGCCCAAACAUUAGCGUAAGUGUCGAUGUGAACUUGAAAAAAAAAACGCGAACCUCAGCGUAAGCAUGAACAUCAGCGUGAACGUAAACGUUAGCGUGACCGCAAACAUAAGCAUGAGUGUUGACAUGAACUUGAAAACAAACGCGAAUCUCACCGUAAGCGUGAACAUCAGCGUACAUGUAAACAUUAGCGUGAACGGGAGCAUUGGCGUGCAUGCAAACACAAAUGCGAGUGUCAGUGUGAAUUUCAAAAUCAAUGUAAACAUCAGCGUCAGUGUGAACAUUAGCGUGAACGCGAACGUCACCUUGAAUGGGAAUGAGAACUUGAAAAUGAUUGUGAACAUCUGUGUGAACGUAAAUUUGAGCGUGAAUGUGAACAUUAGAGAGAACAUGAGCAUAAGCGUGAAUGUGAACAUGAACUUGAAGAACGGUAAUCUUAGCGUGAACGUUGAGCUGGAGUGCAUCUAUAAGCAUGAACAUGAGUAUGAACAUACAUGUAAACAUGUGAGAACACAAGCAAGCUUGAUUGUAAGCGUUCUAACAUUAACCUAAACAUGAACGCAACAAGGAACAUUAUCCUAAACCUGAGUGUGACAGUGUGAACAAAAGUGUGAACCUGAACGCAACAUGAAUAUGAACAGGAGAGCUCGUGGUUCCUCUAGAAAUGAGCACAAUGGUGAACAUGAUUGCAAGCUUGACUGUGAGCCUGCAGUAAAGAUCUCCUAAUGUCCACUUCCAGAUAAAAACUGAUAUCCAAGCACAGGGUAUGAAAAUCAGACAAGGAAGGCAAAACAAUGAUGAGAAAUUUUUAAAAACACGUUUCUUGAGGAAAAAGUAUUUUUCUGCUUUACAGAAGACACAAAAGUAUCUUAACUUUGGACACUUUUGUUGUAACAAUCUUAUAGCAUAUUGGGAAUCUCUUGGUGUGUCUUCGAAGGUCAGAAUGAAUCUAGAAACAUCUGGUGGUUCAUUAUGAGACUGUAAGAACUGAAGACAGACAACUUUGCAUUUGUGAAAUAAAAAAAUACAAACAUUCAA